AUGGUGCGUUCCCUCCUUACAUUUGUUCCGAAGCCACCCUUGCUUCUCUCCAACAAACCUAUCCUUCCAUUAACCGCUUUGGUAUGUCGGCACCGAUCCACCUGGCGGUGUGCCACAAAUUCCCCAGCUCCUGGCCCUCCUUCCACACCUCUUGCCUCGACCAAAUCCGCAUCAACCCCGUCAGUCCACAAUCACUAUCGUCCUGCCCGUUGCGCCUCUAUAUCAAGACAAACCCGAGAAACCUCGGUCUCAGUCACGGUUGACCUCGACGGCACGGGCCAAUGUGACGUUCAGACUGGCAUCCCCUUCCUCGAUCACAUGCUUCAUCAGCUCUCCUCACACGGUCUUCUCGACCUCCAUAUCCGCGCCGAUGGCGAUUACUGGAUCGAUGAUCACCACACCAACGAGGAUGUCGGCAUCACUCUCGGUAUGGCUAUCGCAAAGGCUUUGGGUGAUAAAAAGGGUAUUCGAAGGUUUGGUCAUUUCGUCGCCCCGCUGGAUGAAAGCCUGAUCGAAGUGGUUCUGGAUUUCUCUGGGAGACCUCAUGUCGAGUAUGGGCUACAGAUUCCUACUGAAAAGGUUGGCAAGUACGAUACGCAGCUUGUCAGGGAGUUUUACAUGGCAGUCGCUGGCAAUGCUCAGAUGACGCUUCACGUUAACCAGCGUGCUGGGUUGAACAGCCAUCAUAUCAUUGAGGCUAGUUUUAAGGCGUUCGCGAGGGCAAUGCGAAUGGCUGUUGAGCUCGAUCCGAGAAGGUUGGACUCUAUUCCCAGCUCCAAAGGUGCUUUGACUGAUGACGUUGCUCUUCAGAAUUGA